GAUCAUGGAUGUAUCGUGAGAUUGAUGGAUUGAGCAGGUGCAUUGUGGGAGCCGAUUUCUGGUGCACGUCUCUGUCGGACUGUUUUUCUUUUUAAAAAAAUAUUUUAAAAUGUUAGGGGUGGUCGACUUUUUAUAGGAAAAUCGAAAAGGAUUAUUUCCACUUGCAGUAGCUUGCGCGGACUCUAAGAUGGAAGCCGGCGAAGGUGUCAGCAGUGCCACGCCCACAGAGGAGAUGAACGGAGCUGGAAACCUGAUGGAUUUCCUGGACGAGCCUUUUCCUGACGUGGCCACGUAUGAAGACUUCCACACCAUCGACUGGCUGAGGGAGAAAUCCAGAGACACGGAUCGCCACCGCAAGAUCACCAGUAAGAGUAAAGAGUCCAUCUGGGAGCUGAUCAAGAGCCUGCUGGAUGCUUGGUCAGGAUGGGUGGUAAUGCUGCUCAUUGGCCUCCUCUCAGGCACACUGGCCGGAGUUAUCGACCUGGCCGUGGACUGGAUGACAGACCUGAAGGAAGGAGUGUGUCUGUCAGCCUUCUGGUACAGCCACGAGCAGUGCUGCUGGACGUCCAAUGAGACGACGUUUGACGACCGAGACAAGUGUCCACAGUGGCAGAAGUGGGCUGAGCUGAUGACUGGCCACACUGAGGGAGCAGGAGCGUACGUGUUGAACUACUUCCUGUACAUUCUGUGGGCACUUCUGUUUUCCUUCCUGGCGGUGUCGCUGGUGCGAGUCUUUGCUCCAUACGCCUGCGGUUCAGGAAUCCCAGAGAUCAAGACGAUCCUCAGUGGCUUCAUCAUCCGAGGCUACUUAGGGAAAUGGACCCUGCUCAUCAAGACAGUCACCCUGGUCCUGGCUGUGUCCUCAGGUCUCAGCCUGGGGAAAGAGGGUCCUCUGGUCCAUGUGGCCUGCUGCUGUGGAAACCUCUUCUGCAGCCUCUUCUCCAAAUACAGCAAGAACGAGGGCAAGCGGCGAGAGGUGUUAUCGGCAGCAGCAGCUGCUGGCGUGUCUGUGGCCUUUGGAGCGCCUAUUGGAGGAGUCCUGUUCAGCCUGGAAGAGGUCAGUUAUUAUUUCCCUUUGAAGACCCUGUGGCGUUCAUUCUUUGCCGCUCUGGUCGCUGCUUUCACGCUGCGCUCCAUCAACCCGUUUGGCAACAGCCGUCUGGUGCUGUUUUACGUGGAGUACCAUACUCCGUGGUACAUGGCCGAGCUCGUCCCCUUCAUCCUGCUGGGCGUGUUCGGCGGCCUCUGGGGAACCCUCUUCACUCGGGCCAACAUCGCCUGGUGCCGGCGGAGGAAGACCACCCAGCUGGGGAAAUACCCUGUCCUGGAGGUCAUCGCAGUGACUGGCAUCACCGCCGUGCUGGCAUACCCCAACCCAUACACCCGCUGCAGCACCAGCGAGCUCAUCGCUGAGCUCUUCAAUGACUGCGGCGCGCUGGAGUCCUCCCAGCUCUGUGAUUAUAUUAAUAAUCCCAACAUGAGUCGGCCGGUGGACGACAUCCCAGACCGACCGGCAGGGCCUGGGGUCUACAGUGCCUUGUGGCAGCUUGCCCUCGCACUCGUCUUCAAGAUCAUCAUCACCAUCUUCACUUUCGGCAUGAAGAUCCCGUCAGGUCUUUUCAUUCCCAGCAUGGCGGUUGGAGCAAUUGCCGGGCGGAUCGUCGGGAUUGCUGUAGAGCAGAUGGCGUACCACCACCACGACUGGAUCAUCUUUAAGAACUGGUGCCGGCCCGGUGCAGACUGCGUCACACCAGGACUCUAUGCCAUGGUGGGGGCCGCCGCCUGUCUGGGCGGGGUGACCAGGAUGACCGUCUCCCUCGUGGUCAUCAUGUUCGAGCUCACUGGCGGAUUGGAGUACAUCGUCCCCCUGAUGGCCGCAGCUGUCACCAGUAAGUGGGUGGCGGACGCCUUCGGGAAGGAGGGCAUCUAUGAGUCACACAUCCAGCUCAAUGGAUACCCUUACCUGGAUGUCAGGGACGAGUUCACCCACCGUACUCUGGCCACAGAUGUGAUGCGGCCCCGCAGGAAUGACCCCCCUCUGGCUGUCCUAACCCAGGACACCACCACAGUGGAGGAUGUCGAGACUCUGAUCAAAGACACAGAUUAUAAUGGCUUCCCUGUGGUCGUGUCCCGAGAAUCGGAGAGGCUCAUCGGCUUUGUCCAGCGCCGGGACCUCACCCUUGCCAUCAAAAACGCCCGUCAGAAGCAGGACGGCGUGGUGAGCAGCUCCGUGGUCUACUUCACCGAAGAUGCGCCGCAGCUGCCAGCCAGUAAUCCGCAGCCACUGAAGCUGCGACGCAUCCUGAACCUCAGCCCCUUCACAGUCACCGACCACACGCCCAUGGAGACGGUGGUGGACAUCUUCCGCAAGCUGGGCCUGCGCCAGUGUCUGGUCACCAGGAGCGGGCGCCUCCUGGGCAUCAUCACCAAGAAGGAUGUCCUGCGACACAUGGCUCAGAUGAUGAACCAGGAUCCUGAGUCCAUCAUGUUCAAUUAGCAGCUGAGACAGGCUUCACUCCUUCAGCAGUAUAAAUAGGUGAAACUGGUGUGACACUACUAUACUACAACCUAUGAACUAUCUCCCCACCUCCUGUUGUAAACACAGCAGCACUGCACCAUGUGUUUCCAGUAUAACUGCACGGGAAUAUUUUCAGUUCAAAGCACCCAGUGACAAAAUGCUUCUGCUUCAGAUCCAUUGUUUUAAUAUUUAAAAUCCUCAGAAGAUCAGUUGUUUGCGGGCUGAAUAGAAAAGCAGAGUGUGUUUAUUGUUCGGGUUCACCUGCUUUCAGAUUUUGGUUCUUCCACAGUAAAUACAGGCUGUAGCUCUGUCUGCAGGGUUUGGUCAUAAAGUGGUACUCAGGCAUUAAUGAAAAAAUUUUUUUUGAAAAAAUGGGACCAGAUACAGUAUGAGAGGUGUUUAAGACUGCUGCACUUUCAGUUUGGGUUAUUUUGUUACACUAUGUGCUGCUGCCAUAUUUAUAAUAAUACUGCCUGUGUCAAUGUUCAUUUGUAUUAGUGGCACCAUACAAUGUUUCCGUUACUGAUGGCAGAAAGUGAUACGUGCUGCGUGUCGCUGUCUACACCGCUAAAUGUUUUAGUAUCCGGUAUUCCUUGAUUUGUAUCUGAAGGUUUUAGAGAGCCUUAAGAUGUGAUUGUAGUCAAGCAAUGGAGGUCUGCCUGGUUCUCUGUAGAAACACAUACGUUUAUUCAUAAUUCACACCCCUGCACACUAUAGGUUUUGAUACUGAUAUGAUGUGGAUCAGGUACAAGUUGCAGAUUGGUACUGGCAUCAGGGCAGAAAUAGUCAGAUCAGUGCAUCCAUGCAGUAUUUUUAGUCAGCAAUACUGGCUUUUUUCAAAAUAGCUAAUUUAUUCGCUUUUCUAGUGAUGUGAUAUACAGACAAAACAAGAUGACACUGUUGUCUGCGUUUCUCUUAAAACCAUAUUUUCAGCUUCCCAGCAGAGGAACUACAGGUUGGCUUUCUCAGAUCAGCCACUUGGGGCUGUUUUCCAGCCACCGCCUAAUCAAAGACUAAUCUUGUUGCCAUCUUGAAGCCUUCUUUAAAAAGUCUGUCAAACAUGAAGAGAAACUUUGAAAUGGAAGGAGCAAAUGGUGACCCUGUCAGAGUUUUGAUGAAUAUUGUUCUAGUUUUCAGAGUCCUCAUAGGGAGGCGGUUGCUUGCAGAGCUGUGGCCUAUGAUUGGUUAACCAUCAGCGUCGUCAUGUCUCAAGUAUUUCACUAGGACCUAGACUACACUCAUACUGGUUUAGAGGUAAAACUAGUGGAAGAGGUUGUAUUCUGCUUUUUCAAGUGUGUGCGUGUGCGUGUGCGUGUGUUUAGACAGGGACCGACGCAGGGAAAAAUACAGUAGAAAAGCAAAGUGGAACGGACCAGAUCAGUCCUUCAAGGAUGCUCCAGGUUACUGCUUGUUAUGUUCCUGUGGUGUGUGUGACUUAGGAUCUGGGAUUAACAACCAGCUAUUUCACCACAUUUCCUUUGUGAUAAUCUGCAUGAAAUCACCUGUGUAGGGGCCUUUAAAAAUAGAUUCAGAGCCAGUAACCGAGUCUGAUCUCAUACACCUUUCAGCUAAGCAACCAAUGCUACCAUUGGCACCUGUUAACACAAUAAUAUUAGUAACAUUGUACCUCUGCUGUUUGUGACACAAAAAGCUAAAUAUUACUUUGAGGAGUCAGGAUGCCUGUAUUCAGCCAGGCAGCUGCUGGCGCAUCAUUAAAAUGAAGGAAAACCACAACAAAUGACAGAAGCUUAUUUAAAGUUGCUAAUACUUUCAUAUGUGGACAAUGGAAAAGGUUAUAAUCUCUUAAAAAUAUCAAGACUGCACAGAAAUAAUUUGUUGUUCAGUUGUUUUUGUGUCCUGCUAGUGUUUUUAACCCCUCGGUCACUUCCUGUGUCGUGGUGUGUACUGUAGUCAGAGCUGCUCACGGUUCAUGAAAACUGGAAAAUGUAGAAACACACUCCAUGUUUUUAAAUGCCAAGAGACUGUAUUCAUGUAUUGAUUUUUUUAAUUUAAUUACUAGUGUUGAGCUGAAGUAAUUUUUUAUUUUUAACCCUAAAUAUUUAUCAGCGGUACUACUCAUAUUUGCACUUUGUGAAUAAAGUCAUGAUUGAAGUUCAGAUGGUGAAUAAAGAUGCCUCAGACCAGA